GAGAAGCAGGAAGUUGUAUACUGUUGGUCCCAGGCCUGGCACUGACUUCAUGCUCACUCCAGCAGGUGUUUACUUAAGGGGGUGCAGCAUGCCUGCUGAAAUAUAAAUCAAUAUAACAAAGCUGAAGUCAUCUCAUUGGAUUUAGCUGGCAAAUAUUCAUAUGACAGGGUUUUUCUAGGGGGAGGAAACCAGUUUGCCAUUCUGUCUCUGAAGAGAUAACAGCAUUAAAAAAAACCGGAAGCACGGAUACUGGAAGAUCACCUUCACAGAAGCACUGGAAGUGUUUGGCUUUGAAAGAGGACAGGCCGUUGGAAACUGUGCUGCCUGGAGAGACUUGAGUACAGAGAAGAAGAAGAAGCGAUGACUUGUUUGGCUCUGGAUGGGGCUAGUCUGCUGUAAAGAACCUUCCCAUGUAAUGCUGGAGCUCACCGGAGCUCAGGUGGGAGCCUGAGUGGUAAGAAAAGGCACAGCAAAGGCACUGUGUGCUAGCAGCAAAAUCCCACUGAGGAAAGGAACAGGAACCCAAUUCCUGAGAUGUACCCGAGGAAACCUGAGCCAGGUGUGCCAAAGCCAGAGAGAGCAGGAAAUGUGGCUUCCCCUGUGAAAUUUAAGAACCAGGACUUUGUUCAGUUGAGAUACCAGUGCCUGAAUCAUGGUGUUCUUUUUCAAGAUGAGACAUUCCCUGCAAACCUCACUUCCAUUGGACCCUUGCCCCUUCUAGAGAACCCAUAUAUAAUCGAGUGGCGGAGACCAACUGAGAUCCUCUCAUACCAGAACCCGCUUUUGAUUGUGGAUUCUGUGAGCAGAUUUGAUAUUCUUCAAGGGCCUAUAGGUGAUUGUUGGGUUCUAGCAGCUCUUGGUUCUUUGACCUUACAACCACGGUUCCUGGAAAACGUAAUUCCAAGAGACCAAGGAUUCCAACACAAUUAUGCAGGGAUUUUUCAUUUUCGGUUCUGGUACUUUGGAGACUGGCUGGAUGUGGUGAUAGAUGACCGACUGCCUUUUCGCAAUGGAGAAUACUUAUCCGUUCAUCCCCGGAGCAGAAAUGAAUUCUGGCCGCCACUGCUUGAAAAAGCCUACGCCAAAUUGCACGGUUCCUAUCGGAAGUUGCACAUGGGCUACAUUUCUGAGGCUUUAGUGGACUUCACAGGCGGGGUCCAGAUGUCUUUCAACCUUGCUCGCCCUUCCUCUUACCUGUAUGAGGUAGUGAAAGCCGCUGCCAAGUCAGGUUGCCUCAUGGGAUGCGUCACUCCUCCAGAGAACGGUGCGGUAAACGAGAAGAAUGGAAUUGUUCAAGGUCAUGCCUACACUGUUGUGGAGACUGCAGAGGUUCCCUAUAUGGGUAUGACGGAACGUUUAAUUAGACUUUGGAAUCCUUAUGGUCGUAAGGAGUGGAUUGGAGCUUGGAGCGAUCGUUCCAUGGAAUGGGAUCGAGUCCCGAAGCAAUACAAGAAAUAUCUGUAUGAAGACAAGGAUAACGGCGAGUUCUGGAUGUCAUAUGAAGAUUUCCAAGAACAUUUUUUAUUAUUGCAUGUUUGCAAUAAUGUGCCAACCUUCCUAGACUUUGGAGCACAGAGGAGCAACAUGUGGUCUGUGCAAACGCAUGUCGACAGAUGGGUUCAAGGGCUCUCCCCAGAAGGUGCCUUUUCCAGAAACCCUCGGUAUUUAAUCCAGGUGCAGGAGCCGGACAUGAAAAAUUACAAUGUUGUGGUAUCACUGACACAGAAACUUGUCAAUGAUACAAGGAGUCCACAACCUCCAGGCAUUCGUUUCGUAAUACUCAAGGAUAGAACUACCAUUUACGACGAGGGAUUCAUAAAAGAACGAGAUGCCACUACGAUAUUUAAGUUCAGCCCUGGGACCUACAUCAUUAUUCCAGAAAUAUCACAAGGAGGCCAAGAGUCAGAAUUCAUUCUACGAAUCUUUCUAAAGAACCAAAAGAACUACAGGGCACCAAAUACUGAGCUGAGUCCAGUAGUAACAGAGCACAAUCCUAUGUACUCAGAAGUAGGUCCCACCACGGAAGCUGGAACUUACCGCCAGGUUGUGCCCAAGUGGAAUCAAGGCAACUCCUAUGAAAACAUCUUCCUAAGAUAUGCUAAUCAGGCCCCCUACUUGGAUGCCUCACAGCUGCAAGGAAUUCUGAAUGAAAUAGUCCAGAAAGAUCUAAUGGCCAGUUGGGGAAGCGGAGAUGGAUUCAGCUUCGAUUCGUGCAGGAGCCUUUUAGCUCUGAUGGAUGUAUCUUUUCAACAAAUGCAAUAAACCUUCCUUACGCUGCCCUUCCUUGCUUUGAGUUAUGGAUGCGCUUCCCACUGCAGGAGCCCCGCAAGGAAAUAUUUGCCAUGAGAUCUGCCCACUGCAUAUGCAGAAAUGGCCAAACUCUUCCCUCUAAGGUCCCCUUUUCGAUUAAAUGUCAGGUAGGAAAGGGAAGGUCAAAGCAACCCUCUCCUGAAACACCUGAAAUGUUGCCCACUUCUGUAAAUCACUUCCUAUCAGAACCUAGAUACGGUCCAAUCUUCACACUUCCAUACAAGAAGACUUUGUGUUGCAUAGAAAAGCCUAACUAUCUGACUACAUUUCAUGCCCAGACUUGUUCUGAUGUCUAGGAGAAAGGGAAGACAAAUGUGAUAGAAUUUAUGCUCACACCAAAGAUCCCUUUUGUUCUACUUUUCCAAUGUUGUCUUGUUAACAGUAAAAUCACUGCGUGAACUAUCUAAAUAGAAGACGCAGGUAAAACAGGAUGAAUAAUAGUUCACUGGAUUGUCAAUACCACCACAACCAUUCCCCGAAAAACCAAGCAAAAAACUGUGAAGCAUGUUUCUCUUUUACAUUUGCCUGACUUUGAGUAAGUUGCCUAUUACAACUGGUCACCAUAGCUGCUUAUUUGCUUUUGGGACGAGGAGUACGCAAUAAAGCACAUUGUUAAUCUAAUGCGGACUCUCACAGCCAAAGUACCGGUUCAAAUACCAGGCAAGGCAGCCUGUUCCAGACUGUUGCACUUUUGCGUAUGAAUCAGAAGAAGGGAACUUGCAUGCUUGAACAUUCUCCCGUGUUAAAAAAAAAAGUGACGACCUGCAUAUGGAAAGCAAACAUGUCAGACAGAAUCUAACCCAGCCUUUUCCUGAUACGCUAGAUUUCUGAGUGCAGUGAGGAGUUCAUCAUACUUUUGGUGUGCAUUUCUUCUUAAAAAACAGUUUUUGUCCCCAUAUCUGCCUAAUAUAUUGCAAUUUUGUAUAUGCAUUUUUGUAUACAUUUUUCGGUUGGAGGACUGCAUUGCAAAAUUUGGACAGAUGUGCAUUCCAAAGGAAGGGCAGAAUUCAAUUCACAUAUUGUUUUGAGAAGUGCUAAUUGGAUACUUUUGCAUUAAGAUGCAAACAGGACCAAAUUUCUCCUCCAUUCCUAGGCAAUGAUGGAAGUCUUUUCUGUGACACCUAAGAGGGGUUUUGGGGGGAGAGAAAUCGAAAUAAUCAAAUAAUCGUGCUCUUUUUGUGGUUCUAAAUUUGUGGUUUUCAGUUUCCCAUCUCUAUCUCUUGGGCUAUGACAAGGCCCAAAGGGCAUUAUUGCAGUGUUUGAUAGAUGUUCUGUUCCAAAGUAAUUGCAGCAAUUAUUUAUUUCUGUAAAUCAUUUUUAAUAUUCCACUAUCAUUCAUGUCCAGGUCCCUUAAUAUUUUGAACACUUGAUGCAUAGAGAACUAAAGAUUGCCUUUAAACAAACUUGUUUGAAUCUGCCUCCCCUGAUAGACCGUACUUGGAAUGCUAAGGUCUGUUUGUGUAUUUAAUUAGCAGUGGAAGAUCUUACACAUUUGUUAAUCGAGUGUGAAAUAUAUAUGGAGCUAAAUAUAUGUUCUCCUUAUUGUUAAAAUUUAGAAGGAGAUUCAACCAUAGGAAAUGAAUGUAUUUACUGUCUAAGCAGAGCAGGUGUUUCACAUUCCAGAAGCAAAAAUUAUUGUAGCAACUUUUUUUUAAAAAAAAAGAUUGCUUGUGCUAGAUUUUGUUAGCAAAAACAAUACAGAAUCUUGUGGCACCUUAAAGACUAACAAAUGUGAUCUGGUAUAAGCUUUUGUGGAUCACAUUCCACCUCAUCAGUUACAUGAAGUUUUAUCCUGAGUUAUAGGGGAGUAUACAUGAGUUGGGGGAUUGCAAAAAGUGAAUCCAGAAUAGUCUCUGUGCAAAAUAAUAGACAAAAGAAUUGACACCAGGGACCCAGGUGGCGCUGUGGUUAAACCACUGAGCCUAGGGCUUGCUGAUCAGAAGGUCGGAGGUUCG